ACGUCACUCAGCUGAUCACAACAGAGCUUAAAACCCCUCCUCUGCUCUGUGUGGUGUUAGUGGACGAGGAGAAGCUGGAAAAGCAACACCGAUCUGUGGUUUCAGUGCCGAGAGGUAUCUGCCGUGUUAUUGAGCAGGAUGGCCGAGUUUCAGCUGUUUGCAUACCAGGAAGAAGUGGUUGAAAGGGCUCUCAAGGGGGAAAACAUUAUUAUUUGGCUGCCGACUGGAGGUGGAAAGACUCGUGCUGCUGUGUACGUGGCCAAAAAACACCUGGAGACCACAACAAAUGCCAAAGUUGUGGUUCUGGUGAACAAGGUUCACCUCGUGGACCAACAUUACAGCAAAGAGUUCCAGCCUCACCUGGGUAAUAAAUACUCUGUGAUGCCGGUUAGCGGUGAGAGCGAGGAGAAGGAUUUCUUCGGGAUAGUGAUGCAGGAAAAAGACGUGGUCAUCUGCACAGCUCAGAUCUUAUACAACGCUCUGAUCAACGAGGAGGAAGCAAAACAUGUGGAGCUCUCAGAUAUCAGUCUGCUGAUUAUCGAUGAGUGCCACCACACCCACAAGGAGUCGGUCUACAACAAAGUGAUGAGAUGCUACUUGGAGAAGAAGCUGAAAGGCGAGCAAGCGCUGCCUCAGAUCCUUGGACUGACGGCGUCUCCGGGGACGGGAGGCGAGAAGCUCCUGGAUAAAGCUGUGGAGCACGUCCUGCAGAUUUGCGCCAACUUGGACUCAGCCAUAGUUUCAGCUAAAAACUUUGCGCCUGAACUGCAGCAGAAGGUCCCCAGACCCAUCAAGACCUUUGACAUUGUGGAGAAAAGACUUCUGGAUCCGUUCGGGGAUCACGUGAAGUCGAUGAUAGGGAUGAUUCAUGACUUCAUGAACCUUCCUCCAGAUGUCAGGCUCAGACAAUGUGGCACACAGGAGUACGAGGCAGAUGUGGUGAUUCUGGAGCAGCGAGGAGUCAGAGAGAACAACAGGAUGCUAGCUCAGUGUGCGAUCCACCUCCGGCAGUACAACGACGCCCUGCUGAUCAACGACACCCUGAGAAUGAUGGAUGCUUAUCGAUCCCUGGAGGAUUUCUACCUCACAAAAUCCAGCACCGCCAUCGAAGGAACCGACUUCUUCCUGGUGGGGCUCUUCGAAGAGAACCAGGUGGAGCUGAGGAAACUCGCUAAUGAUGCUCGGUUUGAGAACCCGAAGAUGGCCAAGCUUGAGAGCACUCUGCUGAAGCAGUUCGGUCCGGACGUGCAGUCGAGGGGAAUCCUCUUCUCUAAAACCCGUAAAAGCACCCACUGCCUCAAAGACUGGGUCCUCAAAAACAGGGCCUUACAGGAAGCUGGCAUCAAGGCAGCGAUCCUCACCGGGGCUGGCGGUGGCAUCACCUACAUGACUCAGAACGAGCAGGCAGACACCAUCGGAAAAUUCCGGAGGGGUUCUCUGAACCUCCUGAUCUCCACCAGCGUGGCUGAAGAAGGCCUCGACAUCCCAGAAUGCAACCUGGUGGUUCGCUACGGACUGCUGACCAAUGAGAUCGCCCAGCAGCAGGCCAGUGGACGAGCCCGAGCCAGAGACAGCCAGUACUCGGUCGUCGCCCAAGAAGGAGGAAAGGAAGUCCGUAGGGAGCGCGUCAACGAAUAUCUGGAGGAGCUGACCGGAAAAGCCAUCCAUGUAGUCCAAAACAUGAGUCCCCAUGAGUUCCGCAGGAAGAUAGGAGAACUUCAAACAGAAGCAGCUGUUCGCAGUAAAUUUGCAGAAAGAUGCAAAACAGAAAAGAGGAGUCGCUACUUGGCUUCCAGCGUCCAGCUCUUGUGUAGAAACUGUUUUGCUCCCGUGGCCUCAGGCAGCGACAUGAAACUUGUCGACAACGCUCACUAUGUCAACGUCAAUCCGGACUUUAAGAAUCACUACAAACUUGGUCCUCGGGUGGUACUGCCGAGAAAUUUUGAAGACUGGGAGCCUGGGCACAGAAUCAUCUGCAGCAAUGGCAACUGCAAUAAGGAGUGGGGAUUUGAGAUGAAGUACAAGAAGAGCGCCUUGCUACCGAACAUAGCCAUCAAGAACUUUGGCCUGGAGAUGCCCGACGGCAGGACGACGGUGAAGAAGUGGAAGGACGUUCCUUUCACCGUCGACGACUUCAACUUCGCAGAAUACUGCCAAGAACACUUCCCCGACUUGUUCGACUGAGGGGAGCCCUGUGCGAGAUCAUUUUAUCAGUGGAGGUGCUUAAAUACAAGCUUUUCUGCACAAAAAACGCAUCCCUUUCCACACAUGCUCGGCCACGUUUGCGCUGGGAGCAGUGUGCUGAAACCUAUUCGGCAUCGAUCAUGCUUGAAAUUAGCAUGACAGCUUUGUUUAUGCCCAAGGUCUGAGCCUCUUUGCAUGUUUUUGUGCCUCGGCUGCAUCUCACGUCAAGCAAAGAAGCAGGAGGCAGAAAAUGAACUGUGCUGCAACCUGCACUUUAACAAUUAUGAAUUUUUGACACACCAUUUUUAAAGAGCAUACAGUACUAUGAGCACAUGUACUAUGAUGAUGAUGUGUGUAAUUAUUCACACGUUUCCAGAAGUCUGAUUUUAACUGAAGUUUUACAUCCUCUUCUUUAUUAUAUUUAGUUUUAUUGAUGUUUGAUGUUGAUGUAUGAGAUUUUUCAGCUACAUAUGAAAUAAACACUCCUGGAUUGAUUAGCA